CUCAUAAUCAUCCAACCCAAGGGGGAAAGUUCUUCUUUAUCAAUUGUGCAUCUUUGUGUCUAUCGAUCCCAUCCAUAUUCAUCGUUGGCGUAAAAGUGUUACUAUUUGAGGCUGUUUAGCGUUGUAGCCCAUCCAAACAUGGCUCCUCGCACCCCACUUAACUUCCUGCUCGCCAUUUUCCCUGGCUACCAAUUGCUCGAUCUUGCUGGACCGAUGGACAUCUUCAACAUCCUCUCCCUCGAACAGCCAGACACAGAACUCACUUUGACUUUUAUCUCUGACACUCUGGACCCUGUAGCCUCGAAGCCACUACCACGAAAGAACGCAGCAUGGUCAUUUGACCUGGAGUCCGCGUUCCCCCAUACCAAAGGCAAAGUCAAUACAACAUUCAACCAGUAUUUGACCCCAGAUACGACAUUCGACGAGUACCUCAAGGCAGCCGAGGCCGGCGAGCUCAACCAAGAGGGUCGGCUCAAACCCGUCGAUGUUUUGUUCAUUCCGGGGGGCUUCGGGUCGAGGGUGCAACGAGUUCAUCCUGACGGGUCCAAGACAUCAAAUGUCCAAGCAUUGGUUGACUUCAUUCCAAAAAUAGCCCCCCAUAUCCAGGAGGCCAUCAUAACUGUCUGCACCGGUUCAGAUAUUCUCGCCCGGACAGGGUUACUGGACGGCCGCCGAGCCACUGUCAACAUGUACCGGUUUCAGAGCGUUGUUGAGCAGAACCCGACUGUCAAAUGGCAGAACUGGGCCAGAUGGGUGCGCAGUCAAGCUUCAGAGGCAGGUGACAAGGGGGUUGCAGUGGACAUAUGGUCCUCAGCGGGUGUGAGCGCCGGUAUGGACGUGACGCUAGCCUUCAUCACUCACCAUUACGGAGGUCUCAAAGUGUCAAGAGAAGUGGCCAAAAAGCUCGAGUAUGACUGGCGAGAGAUUGAGGAAGCUGCUGUGGAUCCCUUGUACAUCAAACAUUACGCAAAGUAACUUGCAUACGAACCAUAGUGUCGAAGGUUCUCAAAAACCCGCAGAGAAUCAAAUGAGCACUAUUGUCGUCUUGA